UCAAGAGGAGUGAAAUCUGGUGGACGAGCUGGCUGCGGAACAUCUAUCUGUUCUUCAGAUUAUUAUUUUGCUCAUAAUAACGUGAUAAAACUCAAUCAACACAAAAUAACGUUCUGCCGUAACCGUAAAUUUUACGCAUAAUCCAAUUUCGGUAAAAAGAGCAAUGAAACCAGAACCCGUCUGAACACAUGUAACACGCUCAAAUUAUCAUCUGCACCAGUUUUAUCCGACAACCCGUAGACACUUGAUUUAGCCAAUUUUAAAAAUACCUGUUGGUAUUAUUUUUACAUUAAGUUCGAGAAAAAAAAUGAAUAAUAAUUAAUGUCGAUUUACAUAAUCUCAAUAUUUCGUCAUGUCGUGAAUAAAUCCACGUUCUUGCGAACAUUCCGCCACUCCAUCCGCAUCUACAGGUUCUAAAUUGUGUAAAACAUCAAUAAAUGUAGUAAUCUCUCAAAUCUCGUUCAGUCGAAUCGCAAAAAAUGAUAAUAUUCAAGAAUCUGAUUCUGUGGCUGCUGUCACAUUUGUUCUCUUUUCACACACCUCCUAGCCCCACUGCAUCCAUAUUUCCUCCAAAUUUUAAAAGGUGCCACCGAAGACAAGCCGAUUUCAACCAGUGUUUGAUAGAAGCAGCCGGAAUUGGUCUGAGAAAUUUAGUUAUACCUUUUGACAGUGUGGGUCUACCAACUUUGAGAACAGUCCGAGUGGAUUCUUUGAACGUCUCUAAGGGGAAAACUGUAGGCUUCGACCAAAAUUACGACAAUUUAGUGUUCCAUGGAUUCACGAAUGCAACGUUUUUGAGAUUCGAUGUGAAUUUUGAGAAUGAGAGGAUCGUGACUGAGACUCUAUUCCCGGAAGUGACGAUGGAUUUUGACUACAAUUUCAACGGAAAAAUUUUGGAAAACCCGUUUUUUGGGAAAGGGCACGGACUGAUUACUUUCAUAAAUUUAAGGUUCUCGUUUAUUUUCGACUUGGAGCAGUACCAAAAUAUGGGUCAAAACUACUUCAGGAUCGUUAAGAGUAAGCUAUCGAUGGACACAGAUCUGAUAAAGUCGCAUUUCGAUAAUUUGUUUGAUGGACAUGAAGAAAUGAAGGAUAAGUUUAACGCGGAUAUAAAUGAAAACUGGCGUUCGAUUUUUGUGGAUGUGAGGCCCAAGUAUGAGGAGAUUUUUGGGCAAGUGUUUACUGACGUGUUUAGUGGGUUCUUAGAGAGAGUUCCGAUUGUGGAGCUUUUCGGCGAGUAAAUUGUAUUGUUGUGUAGCUACUAGUGUCCAGAGUUUCCCUAAAUAAACCAUUCU